AUGAAUAGAGCCGGAGCUAGAGCUGGACUUGGACCUGGACCUGGACCUGGACCUGGACCUGGAGCCGGAGCUGGAGCCGGAGCCGGAGCCGGAGCUAGAGCCGGAGCUGGAGCCGGAGCUGGAGCCGGAGCUGGAGCCGGAGCUAGAGUUGGAAUUAGAGCUGGAAUUGCAGUUUCCUUGCAUUCUAGCAGCAGCAGCAAAUAUAAAAGGGACAUCGCAUUAAAGGGCGCAAGAGCAGCCCGAAGUAUCGCUAUCAACCAACAACGGCAAAGAGAAACAAUAGAGAAGAUAAAGAAAUACUGGCUUUUUAAGCAACCGGAACUGGACAGGCUACUUUCUCCGGAACUAGAGUUUUUAUUGCCGUCAAAACCGGCAAGCUUAUCUUCGACGACUUUAGUAGCACGGAUGCUUGCUAGAGCGGCAUCGGUGGCUCGGACGGCCAGCUCAAGUUCCUCGGCGAUACGUUCUUCCGCAGCAAUAUGGUCGUGUUCGCCCAAGGCGCUGCGGAAAUCAGAAUUAAAAGUCGAAGGGUUUAUUGAUUUGAGUGAAGGAAGAAGGGAAAGAAGGGAAGAUGGGAAAGGAGGGGAAAGAAGGAAAGAUAAGAGAGGAAAGGAAAGAUUUAUUUUUAAGACCAUGUUAGCGCAUUCAACUGCUUCUUUAAGCUCAUUCCGAUGCCGUAAAGAAACCAUCCUCGGUACAAACUCGAUAGUCUUUAUCGUCGUUGGUCUUAUCUUUAAUCGACGCGCCACGGACACGGAUCAGACGGACACGGAGCAGACGGACACGGAGCAGACGGAUACGAAAGAAGAGGAAACGGACGAAAAAAAGAAGCUGAUCAACGAGACGAGGCCGACCAACGGCUUUAAGCUCGUCUCGUCGCUUGCUCUGCGGAUCAACGUCGGCCCGAACGUGCCGCCCAAUGGCUCAGCGACCGGCAUAGACGCAAGCAAGCAUAGCAUCGCUAGGACGAAAGGUACCCGCGAUCUGCACGCUAUUAGGAUCGAUGAAGGAUGGCUGUUCGGGAACGGGCGACGGCGCGAACUUGGAAAUAAACACGGUCCGCAAACCGAACACCGCGUAAAACUCUUUGCUCCUUUCGACGCUGAAAUGCAUUGCGAUAAUAAGGUCGCCGUCGAGAUUACCGCACUCGUCGAAGCGGUCGAUAACGUCAAAUUCACGGAUCGGGAGAAGAUAGCCAUCCCGUACUUUUUCGUCUACUUAGCAGAAAACAAUCGGCAUCAUGAGAAACGGCUCGAUGGAGAUCCUCCAGUUGGUUGA